AUGUGGGAUUUCGAUGAGAUCAGUAGUACAUAUACUACAACUCUUACUUCUGAUUCAGAGACCAUGUCUCUGUCUUGUUUCUUUAACCCUCAUCAUGGCUCCCUCUUACGUGCCAGUGGCCACGGCGAAGUGUGGACAGAUUGGAACAGCACAUCCAAGUUCUUCCAGUAUGGCUGGAGGUGCACCACCAAUGAAGACUCUUAUACUAACAAAACCCUUUUGGGGAACUGGAACGAGGAGCGCUAUGACAUUCGGAAAGUGCUGCAGCCCAAGCCUCUCCCUUCCCAGUAUGCUCAUUACUUCGAGUCCACCUACUCGUCAGACUACUCCAAGGAAAAGCCUCACAGUACAAGAAGAGUUACCCGAGAUGCUCAUUGGUUCCCUGGACACCAGCCAGAGCUGGAGCCUCCUCCAAUCAAGCCAACCGCUCGGUCAUGCUACAUGAUCGACUACGAGCCACCACACGGCAGGGGAGGCUGCAUGGUUGACAGGAAGACCAAGGAACCAGACGGGACGCAGCUGAAGCAGUGA